AUGCGCGCGGCGACCGCCAUCCUUCUUUCUCUGCUCGCGGUCUCUUCCUACGGCAAGAUCCUCACGGACCCGACUGAACUUGCUGAGGACGGAUAUGACUUCGUCAUUGUCGGAGCUGGUACAGCCGGCGGCGUACUCGCGAACAGGUUGUCCGCCGAUGGCAGGUUUACAGUGCUCGUUCUUGAGGCCGGGGGAAGCGACGAGGGCAACGUCGCGUUGCAAAUACCAUUCACUGCCCACAGUACCAUCGCGAAUGACUCGUUGAUAUGGGACUACACGACAGUGAAUCAGACGCACCUCGAUAACCGGCCUCUCGCCUACCAGCGUGGGCGCGUACUAGGCGGCUCAAGCACAGUCAACUUCUUGUUCUACACGCGCGGUUCUAGCGAUGAUUAUGAUCGGUUUGCGGAGUUCGCGGGAGACGACGCCUGGUCUUGGGAUUCUGUGUUCCCGUACAUCCUGAAGGCUGAGCGCUUUGUGCAACCUGUCGAUGGUUACAUUUCGUCUGGCAGGAUCAUACCAUCUGAUCACGGCACCAACGGCUCACUACUCACGACCACGAACGGGUUCCCAUUGCCUUUCGAUGACCUUGUACUGGAGACAUCUGAGACCUAUGUCGACACGUCGAACUUCUCUUUCAACCAGGACUACAACUCUGGGUACUCUAUCGGCACAUCUUGGGUGCAAACUACAGCUGGAGGUGGAGAGAGGAGCAGCGCAGCGACGGCUUAUCUUCAUCCGGCUUCCGGCCGCGAUAAUCUGGACAUCCUAUUGGGCGCCAGAGUCACCAAGUUGUCUGAUGUGGGCGGCGCACAACGUCCUAAUCUCCGCAGCGUUACCUUUGUGAUGUCCGACAACACCGGUGCCGUGUACAAUGCGCGUGCCAAGAAGGAAGCUAUCCUUGCCGCUGGGGCCGUCAACACUCCUCAAGUCCUCCUUCUGAGCGGAGUUGGUCCGCGCGCCGAGCUUGACGCUCUGAACAUCACCACCGUCGUCGAUUCACCGGCUGUUGGGAAAGAGAUGCAAGAUCAUCCCUUACUAUCCGUCCAAUGGGAGACCAACUCGACCAUGACGCUCGAUGCCUUAUUGCGCAACACGACAGCAACUGCCGCCGCUUUGGCUGAGUGGGAGACGAAUAGGACUGGCAUGUACACCGACGUAUCUGCGAACUUAUUCAGCUGGGUGCGCCUGCCAGACAACUCGAGCGUCAUCCAGGACUCCGGGGAUCCUUCGGCAGGUCCGGCGUCUAGUCACAUUGAACUCAUCCCCAUCCCCUUCUUUUCGUCUUUCACUGAGACUACUCCGACUGAUGGAACGUACGUCAGCAUGGUCUUGAACGUCGCCUCUCCAGCUUCUCGCGGUAGUGUCACUCUGGCGUCGUCAGAUCCCCUGGAGUUCCCGCUGAUAGACCCCGGAUACUUCACCGACGACUACGACGUCAACGCUAUGGUCGCGGCGCUCCAUCUUGCUGAGGACUUCUACGCCACUAGCCCUUGGGCUGGUAUGGACCUCAAGCGAUACGGCCCUUGGACCAACGCUACCACAGAUGCAGAGCUCGCCGACAUGGCCCGCGCCCGUGUCACUACGUUCUGGCAUCCUUGCUGUACUGCCAGAAUGGGCAAGCCGGACGAUCCCACUGCUGUCGUCGAUGCGCAGUUGCUGGUGAAGGGUGCCGACGGUCUUCGCAUCGUUGACGCAUCAGUCUUCCCUUUCAUCCCCGCCGCUCACCUCCAGGCUCCUGUAUAUGCUAUCGCCGAGCGUGCGGCGGACAUCAUCAUCGAGGCGUACGCCAACCUUUAG